AAGAAGCAGCUCGGUGGAAGGCGAGCGGAGGGUGUGUGGCCCUUUAAAUAGCUCCAAAUUACUCAAAUUAAGUCUUUAUAUUGUCAUUUAUUUUACCUUCAGCGCUAUGUGUCGGUUUUGAAAUACGUUUCACGCCGGUACGACGUGCCCAGAAGAGCUUGUAUCAGGUCUCAGCUGGUCUUCUCCUCCGCGGGUGAGUCGUGUGUCACACAGGGACGAUGAGUGAACUGGAACAGUUACGGCAGGAAGCCGAGCAGCUACGCAAUCAAAUCCGGGAUGCCAGAAAGGCUUGUAGUGACUCGACUCUUUCACAGAUCACAGCUGGUCUGGACUCAGCAGGACGGAUACAGAUGAGGACAAGGCGCACGCUAAGGGGUCAUCUAGCCAAAAUCUACGCCAUGCAUUGGGGCAGCGACUCGAGGUUGCUUGUCAGUGCCUCCCAAGAUGGCAAAUUAAUCAUAUGGGACAGCUACACGACAAACAAGGUCCAUGCGAUCCCCCUGCGCUCAUCCUGGGUGAUGACCUGUGCGUAUGCGCCCUCAGGCAGCUAUGUAGCUUGCGGAGGCCUGGACAACAUCUGCUCCAUCUACAGUUUGAAGACCCGCGAGGGAAACGUCAGGGUCACCAGAGAACUGCCUGGGCACACAGGCUAUUUGUCUUGCUGUCGCUUUCUCAAUGACAACCAGAUUGUCACCAGCUCUGGAGACACCACAUGUGCACUCUGGGACAUUGAGACGGGCCAGCAGGCCACCACCUUCACAGGCCACUCUGGUGAUGUGAUGAGUCUAUCGCUUAGUCCUGACACCAAGACGUUUGUGUCUGGAGCCUGUGAUGCGUCCUCCAAACUGUGGGACAUUAGAGAUGGCAUGUGCAGGCAGACCUUUACUGGCCACGUCUCCGAUAUCAACGCUGUCUGUUUUUUCCCUAAUGGGAAUGCCUUCACUACCGGCUCGGACGAUGCCACCUGCAGGCUGUUUGACCUGCGUGCUGACCAGGAGCUCAUGAUGUACUCUCAUGACAGCAUAAUUUGCGGCAUCACCUCUGUGGCCUUCUCCAAGAGUGGCCGCCUCCUGCUAGCGGGCUACGAUGACUUCAACUGCAACGUCUGGGAUACAUUAAAAGGCGAGCGUGCAGGUGUCCUCGCCGGUCACGACAACAGGGUCAGUUGCUUAGGAGUGACUGAUGAUGGCAUGGCCGUGGCCACAGGUUCAUGGGAUAGUUUCCUCCGAAUCUGGAACUGACCUCACAGUCCUGGACUUUACGGAGGACUGACCAUCUGCAACCCCACUACAGAUAACAGCUGUGAGAACACCACUCUGUUUCUACCUUGCCACAGCGCUCCUUUUGUAUUCACUUAUUACGACACAUUCCUGUGAAGAGGCCAGACUGACUCGACAGAGGUCAGACAGCUGGGUUGUUGAGAAACAAUAGAGGCAUCAUUGUGUUAUAUGUACAUAUAUAUAUGUAUAUACAUAUGUAUAUGAAUAUAAAUAUGGUAUAUAUGUACAGUUAAUGUGUGUGUAUAUGCCAUAUAUAUAUAUAUGCUUAUACAAUGGUAAUGUAUAUAUUUUUGUAGGUUUGAUUCCAACCCUUUACUUGUUUUAGGAUGCCUCAUUUACAGUGUAUUUGAAAAUCAUGACCAUUUUAAACUGAGGUGUUACGAAUUGGACAAAUGGAUGAAGUUUUUAUCACAGUGAUUUCAGUAUAUGGUUUUUCAGUUAGGUAUUACAGCACUGUCCAUUAGUGCCUGCAGUCAAUUGAGAUGGUGGUUUAAAUUUGAUUUGAAAUCAUUUUAAAGGUCCAUUUCCUCAGCAAUGAUGAUAAGGGAAUAAAACUACUCUGGGCAGGGCUGGGCAGCUCAACGGGCAGACUAGCAUAACCAUCAGAAAUGUCCCAAAAAUCUGUGUAUUGUUUUCCAAAAGCACUUUAAUUUAAUUUAUCUCUGUUUCACAUUUGAAGCAUAGAUUGUUGGCCAUUGGACAGCUAGAGGGCACUAGAGGCCUCUUAGGCUGCAAGUAUCAGCUAAAUAAUGAGUCAAAAUGUGUUCUGCUGUUACGGCAGGGCAUAUUUUUGGUUCAAAAUCCUAUACAUUCCUAUAUAUUCUAGUGCAGUGCUUUCACUUAUGGCAGGCUACCUGACAAAAUUAGCUUGACCAUAUACUGUGAUACUAGACUUGUCUGAAAGGGCUUACUAAAAGAAAGCGUACCUUGAUACUUUUGCCAUCCAAACUAAAGGAUGUACUGCCCACCCGAAAUGGACAAACAAAACGGUAUAAUCAAGCUUUUUUUUUUCCCCUAUGCUGAUGGUCAGAUCAAAACGGCUAUUCAUGGACGCAAAUCAUUAUUGCUGCAUUAUGGUCAACACUUUAUUAGGUUCUUUGCUGCACUGUAGAUCAUGUUUGUCUUGUAAAUCAGUAAGAGGCCUUGAUCUGACACAGCUUGAUGCUACAUUUUGCUCCAAAAAGAAUCUGAGACCAGUGGCUCUGUCUUAAAAACACAUUCAAACAUUUCUAAGCAGUUGAUUGGAGUAUGUUCAGAGAACCUUGGAGAAAAACAGGGUUUAGACCUCCCCCUUUGAAUGGCCGACGGAAUGUAUUAUAUCAAUUGCAUAAAUAAAAUAGAGGUAAAUGUGAGGGAUGCACCAAUAUGGAAUUUGCGAGUCAAUGCUGAUAUCCGAUAUGUAUCUACAGAUUUGCCGAUACUGAUAGAUUUUUUUUUAAUGUAUAAAAUGGGGCCACCUGAACUAGCGCAAGUAUCUAAGUGUCGCCUAAAUAUUCUGCUUUUUUUAAGCGAUUAUCUGCCGGUAUUGAUAUGAUUCUGAUAUCACAGUGCGUCCCUAGUAAUUAUGACUCAUAAGAGUAAAAACUGAAUAAACUAUAUUUGAAGUAACCAAAAGGGUCAGGUUCUCUGCAUGAGUGUGAGUUUCAGUUGUUAAACUACAUAUAGAUCACAGUAAUUUGAGAAAACACUAUUAAUAAUGUAUGUGUUCCCGUCAGUUUUCCCCUAAAGGACGCUGUGCUUCACCCUUUAGGAGAAGGUAGAACAGAAGCAACCAAGGGAACCACAGAACUGACAGUUUUAAAGGAAUAGUUCAGCCAAAAAUGCUAAUGUCAUUAACAACAAAUGCAAUUGAAAUGAUGAGUGCUAGCUACUGAACUUCAUUCACUGUUAUUAGCAUGCUUGUUCAAUUCUUAUAACUUGCAGCCCAUCAGUGCCAUUACUUCAAGCAUUCCUUUCAGUGUGUCUGUUACUACAGCACUCUGAGAUGGUCAUAGUUUACUAUUUUGAAGAGGAAACCAGCCCUUUUGAUAAGCCUUAUUGUUUACUCUUAUUUAACUUUUGCAGCCAAAUUUUAAACUGCAUCAUGGUCUGAGGCCUCUUCUCAAACAUUAAAUUACCUAACAAGUGUGUACUGGACAUGCUGUUAGUGUUUCUUUUAGGUGACUUACACAACCCUGGUCCUUAAGCAUGGAAGAACAGAGUAUUUUGCAGCAAAUAGUGUAUCAAUGAAGACCCAACAGCAUUUAAGUUGUUUCCAUGGUCAGUGUUUCUAAUGGCACAUUGUGCAGCGACUGGAAGAGCAUCUGUUCCAGUACUGAAACAGUGGUGUUAAGCGGUAUUGAGUCGGGAACGGUGGUCAGAACAGUGUGUUUUUGUUUAUGAAACAAAAGUGCAGCAGGACAGAGCCCCAAACUAGAAAAAGGAAUUGCCUGGUCCUGUUUUGUUUUUUUUAUAAAUGUUGUUUUGAGCCAGUAAAACCAGGGAUCUCAUGCCUUGAUGUAUUUUAUAGUGCCAUAAUGUGGACUAAUCAUUUGUUAAGAAAUGAUUUUUAUAGUCUCACCGGUUUUUGUAUUUGUACAGUGGCUUGGUGAUAAUGGUAUGUUGCCAUAAGUUGAUAUUGUAUUCAAUAAAAGGAAAAAAAAACUUUAACCCAA